GAAAAUUCUGAAUUGAAAGGACGUGUAAGAAAGGCAGGGUGCUGAAAUUACCAGCCCCCUCCCUUACACAAAAGUGACGUCAGUUUAAAUGUUACCAAACAGGACAUUCAAGGUGGUACUAUUUUCGUCACAAGUUAACGUAACGGCUUCUGGUUACGGAAAAAAAGAUCAGUAUAAUUCAGGAUACGCCGUACAACCAGCUUACCCCUCACAAUCGGUAGAUCUUUUGACUGCUCUCAGAAAGAAUGGCUUCACAACGUUCGUCGAUCUGAUCGUGAAGGCUGGUUUAGAGGAAACCUUUUCUGCCAACAGACCUUUCGUCGUAUUGGCCCCCACCAAUGAAGCCUUCGCAGCCAUCGAUCCUGCAGUUCUAGCAGCCCUUUUAAAAGAUAUUUACCUGUUGAGAGACAUUCUUCGUUAUCAUCUGGUGCUUUUCAGGCAGCCAUGCAGUCUCGUGUCUUCCAUCUUUGUUGAACUAACUAUAAACACUGCGCUAGGUGAAGUAGUCCGUUUCAACGUGUACCGAAACAAAGGGCCUUCUUUUGCUACCGAAGAUAUUGCAACAGCUAACGGAGUGCCACUUUUGAGAGCUAUUCCAACAGGUAAAAGCAUUAUUUACCCAAUUGAAAAGGUUCUCAAUCCGCAAGACGUAUCGCCCAACAACACCGUCAUCAAUUUUUUGAGAAGCAACAAAGACUUCUCCAUCUUCCUAAGCGUAUUCGAAGUCCUUGGCUUAGCUGAAAAUAAUUUCAAAGCCCGUCCGAAAACGACGUUUGUUCCGACCAACGCCGCGUUCAAAGCGCUUCCGCCUGGUGUUCUCGAUUCCAUUUUUGCCGACCCAGACAAAUUAGUCUUGCUUUUAAACACGCACGUCGCGUCUGGAACUUUUUACACAGCCGGACUCAUUGACGGCCCCCUCACCGUUUUAGCUGGCAUUCAGCUGGAUAUUGACGUAACUUCCUAUGGCAUUACCGUGGGAAAUUCCAAAAUCAUUGAGCCGGACAUAACGGUGUUUGAAGGAGUAGUGCACGUUAUCAGCUCGGUUAUCCAAGCCGAAGAAACUUGCUUCAACCGGCUGUAUUAAUAGCGCGUACUACAAAUUAUGGGUAAUGGGAUUGUUGAAACAAGGUGAUAGCAAUUUUUGGAAGAAAUAUACACUACGAAUAUUUA